ACAAUGCGUUGAAGUAUAUUCUCGUCCUUUUGCUGCCAGCACACCUCACAUCAUUCCAGCAGACUUGACUCUCAUCAAAAUGCCUUUUCUCGACUUACAGACAAACUUGCCCGCCAGCUCUUUCCCGGAGGACUUUUUGAAGAAGUUCUGUUCCAUCACUGCUGCUGCUCUGGGUAAACCGGAGGAUAGGAUGAACUUGGUCGUGAAACCCGGGUUGCCGAUGCUCAUUGCAGGCUCUUGCUCUCCUUGUGUGAUGUUGUCGGUGUCUGCCAUUGGUGUGACUGACACAGCUGAAAAGAAUAAGGAGCACAGCGCUAAGAUCUUCCAGUUUCUCACCAGUGAACUUGGUUUGGCUGAAGAUAGGGUUGUUAUUGUGUUCCACCCUCUGGGUCCUCACCAAGUGGGCAAGAAGGGAACUGUCAUGAGCUUCUUAUGAAGGAUUCCAGCACAACUUGCAACAUUAAGGAAGAAGACAAAGACCUAAAGACAGAUUAGAUUUCCACCAUCUCCAGUAUGUCUGUUCCAAAAGCUAUAGCAUUUUAAUUUCUGGCACAGUAAUAUCAGGAAUACUGUCACUGCUAGAACACAGUAUUGCAUAGUAUUGCAGAAUGCCUUAUAAGUGUUUUGUAGGGGAAUAUUGCAAAAUUUUAGUUUUUAACUGGUUUUAGAGCCCAGUUAUCUACACCGGACUGAAAUAUAAUAAACUGAUGAAUGAAAUGGGACCCUUUUAGGAUCAUAUAACCAGCAAGAAGAAAAUACUAUACAUUAGAUAUAUUCAUACAUAUAAUUCCUGUUUUGGAAACACCUUAAUAGGUAUUUUUUUGUGAACAGUCUGACUUUAUCAGUGGCAUUCAGAUAUUUUAGUACUUUUUAUCCACAGCUCUGUUGUACAGAUGUUAUGACUGUUGAGUGAUUUUGGACUAUAUUAAUAAAAUAUGCUGGAUGUAACUUAGCAUAAUUAAUGUUGUCACACACAAUAAUGCAAAUAAAUAAUUCAUGUCAUUGGUGCUAUAUGCAGUAUUCACUGGUAUUUAAAUUGGACACAAUGACUAUUGAUGUUAAAUAUCAAAUAACAAAAUAAACCAAUAAGCACUUGUUAA